AGGACCGCUGGGAGCUGGCAUCAAACUCCUCAGAGCGGAGAUAAAGGCUUUUGGUUCUUUUGCGUUUUCCAGACAGACCUGCUCUCGGUUUGUGAGUUUUGAAAAUUUACCUACCUGAAGUGCCAAGACGCUCAAACGCUGCAGAGGGCACAAAUGGGUGAUUUUUGAAAGGAUCAUAUUGAGGACAAAAUGAUGGAUAUUUCUGGAUAUGUGAAUGCAAAAAAUGCCUCCAUCGGCACCUGUUCUGUCUAGACCAAAAUGAAAAGCAACUGGACAUACACUUGAUGUCAAGUCUGAUUGUGUGAUUUGCUUUAAACUUCGGACCUGUGGACGAAUAUCGGUGGGAUCCUAAGAUUUGUACUUUUUUAUUUUGUUUUAUCUUUUUAAAACUUGGACUCUCGUUUUUCGCGGUCACUUAAAAAUAAUUCCUUAAAUCUCUUUGGCAGUGACUUACACCGGGUGCAGAACAAGCAGAAGUUUGCUUCCAUCCUUUUAAUUUCAUUCAGGAUUUCACAGCUCUUAUAUUAAAACUGAGGAGGUAUUCUGUCCUCCCGAGGGAUGAUGAGAGCAGGGAGCGACAGCCCGGCUCCUUCGGUGGAUUUUCGACCUAUUCUGGUGCCUAUGCAGUGGAUCUGAGAGGAGAUGAGAGCCGCAGUUUACCACAUCCUUGCCGGCUACCUCUGCGUGUUACGCACCGUUGCUCAGGAGUCUCCUCUCCCUCGGGAGCUUCUGGAGCGGCUCUCUCGCAGCGAGAUCCGCAGCAUCAGCGACCUCCAGCGGCUGCUAGAGAUAGACUCCGUAGAGAACGAGGUGACCGAGGAGACCAAACACAGCUACCACAAGGACUUCUCUCACAGCUUCCCCGACCUAAAGAGAGCACACACACAUACCAGACACAGGAGGAGCACUGUGGUAGAAGAGGCCUUGCCAGCAGUGUGCAAAGUUCGGACAGCAAUUUAUGAAAUUCCCAGGAGUCAGGUGGAUCCCACAUCAGCCAACUUCAUCAUCUGGCCUCCCUGUGUCGAGGUGAAACGCUGCACUGGCUGCUGCAACACCAGCAACAUGAGGUGCCAGGCGGCUCGUAAACACUACCGCACUGUUAAGGUGGCAAAGGUGGAGUACGUGCGAAGGCGGCCAAAGCUGAGGGAGGUGCAGGUGAGGCUGGAGGAUCACUUAGAGUGCAUGUGCACCAACAAACGCCAUAUCAGCCCAAACUCAGACACAGAAAAUGGCAUCAGGUGAAGAGCAGCAGACAGAUGUAGGAGUGGAGGACACCUUGAGGAUGAUGAUGUAAUGGAAAGCAAGGACAAGCACCUUCUGCCUGUGACUCCUUUAACACCUGCCGUCAAAGUAACAGUGAAAAGGUCUAAUGGAGCAUAUUUUGCCCCACAACCUUUUGGAGUUUUGAUGGAGGAUUACUGACUCACCAUUUUCAAAAAAAAGCAGAGCAUCAAACUUCCACAAGUGAACUCCAACUUUUUCUUUGAUGGAGACGAGAAACGAUGAGACGAUGAAAAAACGAACUGAUAUUCUGGUUCUAGGAUGUUGAAGGGCAUAUUGCCUGUAUCCUGCUCCUUCUCCAGAGUAUAAACCGCUCAGUGACUCGGAUUAUAAACUGGGGCAAAAUCCUUUCUAGAAACAGUGACUGGGAUUAGUUUUUGUACUCCAAGAUUUACUCUUCCUCAGAAAAGCACUCACACACAUGCACGUAUAUCCUCUUAUUUUUAUAACGUCUCGUUUUCUAUUUCUAUUGCUUAUCAGUUUCUUUUUUCUGAUAUGUUAUCCAAAUAAAGAAUG